AUGGAUGAGUUCUCAGGCAACACUAGAAAACUUCUUGCAGGCGCAAUGUCAGGAAUGAUUUCGGCUCUAGCAUUCCAGCCACUGGAUGUACUGCGUACCCAUCAGCAGGGCGCGUUCACAACGCAAGUGGAGCCUCGUAAGGCAUCUACAGCUUUCUCUGAAACAAUCAAACAAUCAAGACCAGCAAAUGAUUUAAUGGACAAAGUACGAUCCAUGUGGCGUGGCACGUCGCCCACGCUCGUGCGUGUAGCGGGUGGUGCUGGUCUCUACUUUGCCACGUUAGACUACUGCCUGCAUAUGUUUCCAAGCUCUGCAGCCAACACGUUUUUAGCUGGAGCCUUGUCACGAACAUUUGCCGGCGGAAUUAUGUCGCCUUUGACUAUUGUAAAAGCCCGGAUGGAGUUUCUUCCUCCUGGCACUUUCCACAGCAGCGUUCAUGUGGUGCGUCACGUGCUACGUCACGAAGGCGUGCGUGGAUUGUAUCGCGGCAUGUUGCCUACGCUCAUCAGAGAUGUACCAUUUUCUGGGCUCUAUGUGCUCAUUUAUACGCGUCUGCGUGAUUCGUGGACUCAAAAGUUCUUGCAUCUGCCAUUGUACGGCGUGCAUUUUAGUUGCGGUGUUGUCGCAGGCGUGCUUGCCACGUCCAUCGUGCAUCCAGCUGAUGUUAUAAAGACACGGAUGCAGCUCACCAUUAUGGCAAAUAACGGUAAAGGAGGCGCUGUGUCCAUGCAAAACUCUCUUACGUUUCGUCAAACGGUGGCAAAGAUCUAUCACCAUGAAGGCAUGGGUGGCUUUGCGAAGGGCAUCAUUCCGCGUGUCGUCAAACGAACGCUCUCUACUGCAGUCACGUGGACGAUAUACGAGCAGUUGUCUUUGAGGUAG